AGCACUGGAGCCCCUCACACCCCUCCUGCUCCUAGUGGAGGUCCCUGGCCCGUGAGGAGGACACGCCCGGCGCGGCAGAGGGAUGGGUGGACGAUCCUCCAGCCCUCUGGACAAGCAACAGCAGCAGGACCUAAGGGGCCAGGUGGAUGCGCUGCUGAGAGACUUCCUACCCUGCUACCGCUCACAGCUGGCUGCCUCCACCCUGCAGCAUCUCUCGCGGGAACUGAGUCCCCAGGAGCCCUCUGUGUGCCAGCUGCUGAGGAGCAAAAAGCUACCACGAGUGCGAGAGCACCGCGGGACCCUGACCCAACUUCGGGGCCGCCAGCUCCAGUGGCAUGACACCUUCUGUGUGCUGCGAGGAGACGGCCACCUGGAGUGGUUUGGCCACCGCGCGGAAUACGAGAAGGGGGGGCGCCCGCUGGGCGCUGUAACCCUGACAGGAUACACAGUGCUCACCUCCCAGCGCGAGUACCUCCACCAGUUGGACGCUCUCUGCCGGGACCCCCCGGGACACACUCCGCAGGACCCCGACCCUUUCCUGGAGAUGCCUGGAGCCUUCCCGCUGUUCCUGCAUCACCCCUUCCGCCGGCACCUCUGCUUCUCGGCUACCUCGGCAGCCGCACAGAGGGCGUGGCGGCUGGCGCUGCAAGAGGGAAUCCGGCUUCGCGGCACAGUCCUGCAGCGGAGUCAGGCGCCUGCUGCCCAGGCCUUCCUGGACGCCGUCCGGCUCUACCAGCAGCACCGAGGCCACUUUGGCGAGGACGACGCGACCCUGGGCUCCGAUGCUGAGGUGCUGACCUCGGUGCUGAUGCGGGAGCUACUGCCGGUGCUGCGUGCCCAGACCCUGCCUGGCCUGCGGGGUUCCGGCCGCGCCCGGGGCUUGGCCUGGACAGAGCUUCUAGACGCAGUCCACGCUGCCGUGCUAACAGGCACCUCUGGAGGCCUGCGCGCCUUCCAGCCUGAAAAGGACGAACUGCUGGCGAAUUUGGAGAGGACCCUCCGCCCGGAUGUGGAGCAGAUGCAACAGCUACGGGCAUGCGUGGCUGGGAGGCUGCGAGGUCAGGUCCAGGCUCCCCUGGAGGCCUGCCUGUGCCGGAACGUGGACUCGCGGUUGCCUCAUGUCACAAAGAAGCUGAUGAGUACCGUGGAAGCUGCGCUGGGGGCGGUGCAGGCCCUCCUAACCCAGGGCAUGGACCAGCUGCACCGCCACCUGCAGGGAGCUAAUGGGUGCUCCUCCGGCAGGCGGCUGCGCAAGGAGGUUUACUCCUUUGGGGAGAUGCCAUGGGACCCAGAGCUGAUGCAGAAAUGCUACCGGGAGGCUGAGCAGAUCCGUGGGUGCCUGGGGCAGCUGGCGGCACUGUUUGGCUUCUCGGGGACUCAAAGCCUGGUGUUUGGGGUCCUGGAUCUUGUGCAGCAGCUCAUGGCCGAUGCCGUGGCCACCUUCCUGCAGCUGGCGGACCAGUGUCUGAGCCCAGCCCUAGACUGUGACCAGGCUGCCGGGCAGCUGGAGAAAGUGCGGGGGCGCGUGCUGAAGAAGCUUCAGUAUGACAGUGCCUCAGCGCAGAGAAGCUUUGUCCGCGGGUGGCUGCUCCGCAUCUUUUUGCCUUUCGUGCUGAGCCGACUGGAGCCAAGCUGCAGAGCGGAGCUGGCUGAGUUUGAAGCAGACAUCCUGGCUGUGGGUAGCCCGGCCCUGACCAUCAAUGGGAUCUAUGAGGAGCUUGUGCGGGGGGUCCUGCUGCAGAGGAUUGAAAGAGAGUUGACAAAGGCCCUUGGCGAUGGUGACUGUGCACUGGAGGCCUCCAGGGAGCAGGUGGCAGCAGAUGAUGGAGUGGAGGCCUCUAGAAGGACCCGCCAGCAAUUGGAUGUGGGGCCCUUGGGGCACCUGCACUGCCCCCUGCCUGCCCCGGGGGCGUUCCAGAACUGAAGGUCAUACCUUGGCCUCUACUCCUCUUGGCUUGGUGGCAAGUUGGUUUGUGGAAUUUCUAUGCCAGAAUUCCCUCAGGACUCAGAGGCAUCCACCCUCCACCCCCAGCCCGAGAUCCUUUUCUUACUAGACUGUGUCACUGUGGCACCCUGGGCCUGAGGCUCGGGGGCACAGGGAUGGAACCCAGGUCUACGGCGUGCAAGGGCAGAACUCCCCACACUUCUGUCCUGUUGCCCCACUCCCAGUAAAGGUCCUUUGUGUCCAGCAAUUCUCUUCAGAGCAGAUAAAGUUCAGGGACAGGCGGUGGGUGGGGGCCAGGACUUCUGUCCACGCACUGGCAGGCACUCCUGGGGACGCCAUGGGGGAGGGGAAGUCCUGGGUCUGUGGCACACUCUCCCUGGGGCUCCCUGACCCCCCAGGAACCUUUCUAGGGCCUCUCUGCAGAGCCGAGCAGGCAGCUGUCAGCGGGAUAGGAUGGCCUGUUCCUGUCAGGAGCUCCAGCAGCUGUUUCCGGAGCCGGUUCCGGAGAGAUCUCCCUGGUGAUCUUCAGGGUGCUGGCAGCCCGUGGCCACUUCCUCCCACCCCAGGUGUCCAACCCUCCCCUGGAGAAACGAGGGCUUCCUGCCCAGCGCCCUUUCCCCCAGUUCCCUGUUUUAGAUUCGGGGAGGCCUGGCCCAUCCCAGCAGCUUCUUUCCCAGAGGGAGACAUGGGGUCUGCAUGGGAGAAAUCGCAGUAGUGAUUUGUCAUCCCUGGACUGGGCAGUGCCAGCGUUCAGAAACCCGGGAGCCUGAGCUCAACUUUCUCUGUGUCUCUGUCUCUCUUCUCUGUGUGUGUGUCUCUCUCUAGCUCUGUGUGUCUUGUCUCUGUCUCUGUGUGUCUCUCUUUCUGUCUCUGUCUCUCUCUCUCUGUGUCUCUGGCUCUCUUUUAGACAGAGGCAGUAAAUCCAAACUCAGCAGAAAGGACCAAGGAAUUGUUUCUUUCUCUCUUUCUCCUUCCUUCCUUUCUUCCUUCCUUCCUUUCUUUCUUUCUUUCUUUCUUUCUUUCUUUCUUUCUUUCUUUCUUUCUUUCUUUCUUUCUUUCUUUCUUUCUUUCUUUCUUUCUUUCUUCCUCUCUUCCUUUUGGCUUUUGGGCACACCCCGUGGUGCUCAGGGGUUACUCAUGGCUCUGCAUUCAGGAAUCAUACCUGGUGGUGCUCAGGGAACCACGUGGGAUGCUGGGGAUUGAACCCGCAUGAUACAAGGCAAGCUCUCCCCAUGCUGUGCUCUUGCUCCAGCCCCCGCCAAGGGCUUCCUAAAGUUCUGUGUGAGGUGGAACCCAGCAGCUAAACACAGCUCAUCCAGAGGACCAGGGUUCUGUCUCUGAGAUUGGGGAUGUCAGGCUCCCUGCCAGCUUCCUCCAGGAGCAGAGAGCAAGGGGACCCGGAGAAAUCCCCACUUUUGUGAAAACCCAAGGCUCAGGGUGUCACUGGGUUUCCAUUGUUUCUAUAAAUUGAAGCU